GUGCGCACCCUGACCGGCAAGGAGAUCGAGCUCGACAUUGAGCCCGACUACAAAGAGCGUGUCGAAGAGAAGGAGGGCAUUCCCCCAGCACAACAGCGUCUCAUCUUUGGUGGCAAGCAAAUGAACGACGACAAGACUGCCAGCGAGUACCAGCUCGAAGGUGGCGCCACUCUCCAUCUGGUCCUUGCCCUUCGUGGUGGACGA